GGGGCGGCGGUGAGCGGGGGGCCGGUGGGGACACCCCCCCCCACCACCCCCUCCUCCGCGGGGCGCCCGGCCCCGCCGCCGGACGGAGGGAGCCGCGCAGCGGAGGGGAGCGGGCAGGCGCGGGGGGAGUGGUUAGCGGCUCCGCCGCGACACCCCCAGCGCCCCCCCCCCCCCGCCCCGUUAAGCCGCCCCUCUCCAAAUAAAUCAGCACCAUGACUACUUCUGGGCAUGGAACAAAGAGGAUGCUCGCCCGGGGCCCCGCGCUGCUCCUGGCGCCGCUGCUGCUCCUGUGCCGAGUGGUGGAGAGCCGAGGAGGGAUCAUGGACAGCAUACAGAGAUUUUCAAACCUGCCAACAUAUCUCCCCGCAAGCUAUCACAUCUGCAACGCUGAUAUUUUCUUCUUCCUCAAAGAAGCCAACCAGGAUAUCAUGAGGAACUCCAGUUUGCAGUCUAGGGUGGAUUCAUUCUUUAUAUACAAAGCCAAACUGCCACCUGUCCUAAAUGCCACAUAUGGACCCUUUUCUGUUGAACAGGCUGUUCCCUUGGACCUCAUGCUGACUUCUGCAUCUUUUGGUUUCACAAACAAAUUCACUUUUAAUUGGAAAUUAAAAUCUCACAUAAUCGACAGCUCAAUCUAUUCCAACAAGCCUAAAAUACAAACCUUGUUCUAUAUUGCUGGGAAGGACUGGGAUGACUAUAAUUCUGCGGAGAGGUUGCCUUGUGUGAAGAUGUUUGCUUUCCUGGAGUCUAGAGAAGUUGUGGCCAGCUGUAGAUUGACAGGUCAUCUAGGAUUAUGUGUUGCGGAGCUGGAAUUAUCUCCUAGCUGGUUCAGCUCCCCUCCACCCCUGGUUUCAGAGGAAACAGCCUCCCUGGAAGGGAUUACUGUGGAGCUCUUCUAUAAGAUUUAUACAGCAGAUGGGGAAUGUUCUCCAGAGGAUGCAAAAUGGGAAAACAAUAUCCAUACAGGUCAAGAUAAUGAACACCAGGCUUUGUCAGCUAUGGAGAGGAUUGGUAGCAUCAUUGUUUACCCAAAUCAAGACAAAUUAAAACAGUCUUCACUGAGGCUAGAUGAAAAUGUCGUUAUUCGCUUACCACUCAACCCGGUCAGAGAAGGUGAUGUUGUGACCUUUCAUAUUUCCCUGGCUGAUGACUCCCUAGCAGACCAGUUUGUAUUAAGAAUUAGGACAGCCCCAGGUGUGAAGAUCAUGGACGUCAGAGUCAGUGAUGCAGACCAGUGGGGGGUCCAAGAAGAGACAGACAGCGCGAGGACCGCUGCCACCAUCACGUGUAUGCACAACGACCCAAACGCAGAGAACAGAGCAAACAUGUCCUCCUACGAGAUCCUGCAGAUGGACUUUGAGAUUGACAACACGAGCAGCCCAGCCGGGGCCCAGCAAAUUACCUGGCAGGUGGAAUACCCUCGAGAUGACUCCGUGAGCGAGCUGGUGGUCUCCGAGAUCUUUGUCAGCCGAACAAUGUUUGUGGGGAUUGUUCCUCUUGCGAUGGACACGGAAGUCCUUAACACGGCCAUUCUGACGGGCAAAACGGUGUCUGUUCCAGUCAAGGUUGUUGCUGUGCAGGAGGAUGGGUCGGUGGUCGAUGUUUCGGACUCCACUGAGUGCAAAUCAGCUGAUGAAGACGUCAUAAAGGUUUCUGACAGAUGUGACUCCAUCUUCGUUAAUGGCAAGGAAAUGAAAAGCAAAGUGGAUACUAUUGUUAACUUCACUUACCAGCAUUUUACCACCCAAUUAGAAGUGACGGUCUGGGUUCCCCGGCUCCCGCUGCAGAUAGAGAUCUCUGAUACAGAGCUUAGCCAGAUCAAAGGCUGGAGGAUACCCGUCAGCGCCAAUAAAAGGCCUACCCGUGACAGUGAGGACGAAGAGGAUGAUGAGAAAAAAGGAAGAGGUUGUACCCUCCAGUAUCAGCAUGCCAUGGUCCGAGUCCUCACACAGUUUGUAGCUGAAUCCUCUGAGUUUGGAGGCCACUUGACCUAUAUGCUAGGCUCUGAGUGGCAGUUUGACAUCACUGACCUUGUGACUGAUUUCAUGAAGGUAGAAGAACCCAAGAUUGCUAAGCUUCAAGACGGCCGAGUUCUGGUUGGUCGUGAGCAAGGCAUCACCACGGUCCAGGUUCUGUCACCUCUUUCCGAUUCCAUCUUGGCAGAGAAGACAGUGAUAGUUCUAGAUGACCGUGUAACCAUUACAGAUCUAGGAGUACAACUAGUUUCCGGCUUGUCUCUCUCCUUACAAAUCAGCAAAGGAAAUAAGAGAGCAAUUGUUUCUACCACCUCUGCAUAUGAUAUCCUUCAUAGUCCAAAACAGGAAGCCAUAGUCAGUGCUUGGAUUUUGUUCAGUGAUGGGUCAGUGACGCCAUUAGAUAUCUAUGACUCCAAGGACUUCUCAAUCACCAUCACUUCACUGGAUGAGAUGGUAGUGUCUGUACACCAAAACCUUCAGUCCAAAUGGCCUGGGGUAGUGGCGGAAGGGGACGGGCAAGGACCUUUGAUUAAAAUUGAAAUGGUGAUCAGUGAGCUGUGUCAGAAGACUAAGCGGAAGAGCAUUCUGGCUGUUGGGAAAGGAAAUGUCAAAGUGAAGUUUGGUCAAAAAGAUUCUGACCAAAAAGGAAGCACUAAUGACAUUGAUGAUAUGGAUAGAGAUUUUAAAAGCCAUGCAAGCAAUUCUAUAGAGAAACCUGCAGAACAAGAGAGGACAGCACAAGAAUGGUCCAAAAACCAUGAGGACGUGUCCAGUCAUGAGGACAAUGCAAACAAAAGCACAACUUUCAUAUCUCCCAUUGAUCAGGAGUCCCUGGAGGAUGACCAGCUCCAAAAUAACCCAACUGCCUUCACAGGUUUCCCUACGCAAGUAGAAAUACCAGGAGAAAACAAUCCCAGUGAUCUCACAUUGACUUCAAGAGGAUUAACAGAUUUGGAGAUUGGCAUGUAUGCCCUGCUGUGUGUUUUCUGCUUAGCAAUCUUGGUCUUUUUGAUUAACUGUGUGGCAUUUGCUUGGAAGUACAGGCAUAAAAGGUUUGCUGUGAGUGAGCAAGGCAACAUCCCCCAUUCCCAUGAUUGGGUCUGGCUUGGAAACGAGGUUGAACUGUUGGAAAACCCAGUUGACAUUUCGCUUCCGUCAGAGGAGUGCACGACCAUGAUUGACAGAGGAAUGCAGUUUGAAGAAAGCAACUUUCUCCUUAAUGGGAGUUCUCAGAAGACUCUUCAUAAUCAUAUCCUCAGGUCUUCUGAGUACCUUUGUGAAAAAGAAGUUAAAAGCGAACCUAUAAAUCCUUCUGGGCCAAAGCAGAAGCGAGUAAAGUUCACUUCAUAUACAACAAUACUGCCGGAGGAUGGAGGCCCCUACACCAACUCAAUUCUAUUUGACAGUGAUGAUAAUAUUAAAUGGGUAUGCCAAGAUAUGAAUCUUGGUGAUUCCAAGGAACUUAGGGACUAUAUGGAAAGACUGCAAGACAAUAUGUAAAACUACUUUCUUAUGUUUGUAAUCACCUUUAUGCCUUCUGUUUAUGGAUGGUGGAGCAGUCAGUCCAGUCAGCAAUAGGAACAAGACAGUUCAACCUUGGAGUUACUGAGACGAUAACCUGAUAUCACUGAGCAGGUACAAGAGGCUGGCUGAGUUAAACCUGUUUCACCGCAAACCAGGAUGUGCCCCUAAAACAGCUACCUGUAGGUGUUGGAGGUGUCACACGCGAUGGCUGUUUUUGUAUACUGCCUGGUACUAGCAAAAUGCUAAUACAAUUACGCUCAGACUCAGAGGAGACUUCAUUUGUUUGUCAUCUCUCAUGAUAAACGGUAAAUCAGAAAAGAAAGGGAUAUUUGUUCACAUUGAUUUUUCUAGUCGUCGUCCUUUGUAAAGCACAGUGGACAUUUCUUGCCUACAGCCUGAAACGAGGCUUACAUUAAAAGGGAUCUGAAUGAAUAUAACUUUAUUGCCUAUGUGCAAUGCAGCCAAGUAGUCUUAUUAUUUUUUACAGAUAUAAAAAACCCCAUGUGGUUAAUUUCUUUUCCUAUUGUUUAUGAAUUUUAUUUGACUUAGGGAACAUUAGGUAUUUUCUUUGAAGGGUUUUUUUUUCGGUUGUACCAAAGUGUAGUACGGUAAUAUUUAUAAUGAUUUACGUUUUCUAUUCAUCUGCAUCAGCCCCUAGAGAUACCUCCUUCAUCACUGAUUACCUUUCCCCUUUCCAUAUGGAUAUAUGGGUCGUUAGUAUUUGAAACAGAAAGGUAUUAGGACUCUUACUGGGAGAGGGUUGUAUCUUCUUACAGGGAACUGUAAAUACAAUAAUAAACCCUGGAAAAUAAAAACCAAGGAGUAGCCCUGGGUUUACUUUUGUCAUUGCUAACAUGAAAAAGUAACCUCCAACAAAACAGCACAUACUUCAAAGGAAAAUGCUUUGCUGAAACAGCAGCUUGGUUACAAUACACAUUAUCAUCAGAAUGAGAAAGUCAAAUAUAGUAUUGAAGUGCAUAGAAUAAAAAGGAAAUUUCCUAACAAAUAAGCAAAGGCUUGGAGUCACUGUUACUCUGUAUUAAUUAAUACACUGAUGGUAGAGUUUAGCAGGACAAAGAAGUCCAUGCUGAACCGCUAACGCCCCAGACCUUGUCUGAAACAUCUCUGGCCAUAAGGCCAUUAAAGAGAAAAACUUCAUACCAAGUUUCAUUAAAAAAUGAAGAAGGAAAGAAAAGACGCACUGGGCACAUUAUGAAGUGACUAUUCCCAAUUUUAACAAGGAAAACACACUGGGGAUUCAAAGCAGCCAUUCCAUAUGCAUUACAUGUAUUUUUUUUCCUGAAGGAUGACUGAAAUAAAUUGAGAAUUGCAGUGAGAAAAAAAACCUGAAUCUACAUAAUACUUAAAAAAACCAAUAAAGCACAUGUUCUUAUGAUGGAUCCUGUGCAAUAAACACAAGAUCCAAAUUACAGCUGCUGUACAUACCAUAGUUCCCAUCUUUUGGGUAGCUCAAGCUAGGAUUUGAGUUUUAUAAUUCAAUUCUGAUACUAGAACAGACCAGAGAACCAUAACUAUGGGAAAUUCUGCAUUUGGCUUCUAAUCCACAACUGGGAACAUAUUUAAUAUAACUGCUGUAAAAUAUGAUAAUUGUAAUGGUGAGACUAGAAAGUGAGGACACCAGGCUUAUAUAAGUGAUUAGAGACUUACGUUUGCUGGCACUGCACUGCAUAGUGAGGGGAUGGCAUCUGUUAUAAUCUAAUUUUAAGUAGAUAACAUUGUAGUGAAAUCUUGGGUUGUUUAACAAAUGUUCUCUCCUCUUUAAGUGAUCCAGACGUCAUAAGGAAAUAUUAAUUCCUGCUAUGAUCCUUAUUACUAACAACAUAAAAAUCCAUUUUUAGAAUUUAACAUCUCUUCCAAACGUAUUAUUUUGUAUUUAGCCCAGCCAUAAACCAAGCGUAUUGUUUGCACAAGAGUAAAUGAAUAUAAAUCAACCACAAAUAAAUUUCGCCUUGAAAUCAGAGGCAACAACUUGCUGAUGGUAGCUGCAAAGGGCAAUAGCACAGCUGUCUUCAUGAAUGCAUAGCCACCAGUCUACCAGCCAAGCCAUGAUCUCACAGCAGUGUACUGGGCUCCAUGACCCAUUUCUUCACUGUGGCCCCAGUUCUGCUAACUACACCAGCAGCUGCUGAACUCCAUCCUCAGUCAGUGCCACACAGACACUCCGAGUGCCAAGGGACUCACAGCUGGGCUUAGCUGCUCUUCUCACCCGUUAAUGGGUAACAGGAGGCAACAGUUUUACUUGUUUGUUCGGGAAAUUUCCCUUCCAGGACUAUGGCUUGAAAGACGGAGGAUCUCCAUGUUAGGGUGCCUCUCUACUGUCAUAUUGUUGAGUCCCUGAACUUGUACCUGAGGUCUAAUCCCUGGUUGCCCACACUACCUUCAAGCCGCUAUACAUUCAGGCUGCACGCUAGUGUGUGGAGGAAGGACAGUCCUACACGCAGUAUGGACAGUGCUAGACGCCACCAAAGGAGACCACCAAAGGCUUUUUCAGCGUUUACUUGCCACAUGGCUUGGAAAUCCCUGUGCUUUCAGAUGUGGCUGCUGAAGAUGGUUAUAAAUGCAGGAUUGAGGACUGUCAGCGUUGGACCAGAAAUACUUCUGUUCUGGUGUUUGAUUGAGCUUGCAUCUAAAAUACACUCGAGUAGAAACUGAGAGGUAGCUAGGGUCUGUGUUUUAUUUACCAUAGGGCGGUAAAGUCCUACCUCGGUACCGCAUCUGUCAGUGUGGUCACGAUGUUCUUCAAUGAAGUUCUUAGGUGGCUCAGUGGCUGGAUGUGGAGCUUCUUUAGAGUCGUGACUUUUGCAGUCAUGAACAUCAAACCUGUAUCUAUCCCAAAGUUAAAUUACAGCCCAUUAGAAAGUAGUACAGCCGCUACUGGUGAUCAGCAAACAAUGGAAUUGGAUACAGGUGUCCACACAAAAAAGACCCCUUCCCAAAUCUGGCAAUGGGGAAAAAAAAAUAAAUCUACAACUGCAGAUUCAUAUAACCUUUCUUUUUGUUUUACAUCACAUGUUGUUACGUGAAAGUUCUUAUAUGGAAAAAUGGCAAUAUGAAAAAACGAAGAGAGAAUUCUAUUCUCAUAAAAUAGGGAUAACAUCAAUAAAGUGGAGUUCUGGAUUUAUGCUAGUUUAAGCGCUUGUGCUACUUCUCGUAAAAUCAAAAGGAAAAGAAUUUAUAUUAAUAUAUUUGAUGCAAAAUAUAGUUCUGUGUUGAUCAGUCCUUUUUUUAAUGAAAUAUUUCAUAUUUUAGUUUCAAAAUGAUGGCAUACAUUAUAUGUAAAUGAUUUUAAUUUAAAAUUAUUUUAAAAAAACAAUUUUCUGAUUAACCUAGAUUUUUUUCAAUGACUCUUUAAAAAAAGUCUUUUAUUCAUGGAAUAUAUAAUAUUCCACUUUGCUGUUAAAUGAACAGCAUUUAUGUGUUGAUAAAAGAAUCUCUGCUUUUGGGAUUACAAAGCAAAGGUAGCCAAAUGAUCAAAAGGCACAAUACUGUUUGUAUGUAUGUAUGCAGGAAACUAGAGUUGUCUAAAAAAAGAAAAUAGAAACGAUACUGACAGAUUAAUUAGAAUUAUGCUUCAGUAGGUGCCCAGGAAAGCAACACCUGUAAUUUAAUACUGAACAAACAGCACAUCUUACUUACAGCAUGUAUAGCGACGAUACUGUGAGCGAGUUUCUUUGCCUGCUCUCAAGGAAAGACAGUAUGUAGUACCAAUACAUAUCCCAGGAGACACCCAGAAAAAUUCUGUAAGCAAAGAAAGAGUGGAUUAAUGGAACCUGGGGAGUUUGCAAACUUUAAAAAUAAAGCUGAUGCCAGACCUUCAACUCGUGUAAUCAGAGGUGAGUGAUUUACGGCAGCUGAGCACUCGCAUACAGAGAAUGGAGAAGGAAGAGCUAGUAGUUCUCAUCUGUGCAGAACCUUUUAUUUCAUGUGGCCAUCACACCCCCCCUAGCUCCAUGUGGCUCGUCUACGCCUUCUUUCUCAUUUAAGUAAGAACUUGGGAAACCAGCGCCCUGCUCUCCUCUUGAUGUAGAAUCACAUAGAUUAACGUUUUGAGCUGCUGUUUCUUAAUUCAUAUUGGGGAAUGUACAAGAAAAUCUUACAGCCAUACAACACAAUACAAAUAGUCCAUUAUAUAAUGGAAAAAACCCUGUAUUUCAAGGUAGAGUACUCUAUGAAUGAAAUACCGAUUUUUCAUAGCAGAUAUGCUCUUUUCUGAAAUAUAAAUCAUGUGCACUACAUUGAAAUACACUCUAGUGUAUUGUGAAAUGCAUACAUUAAUUGCUGAAUCUAUAACACUGAAUAUGUAUAUACAUCACACCCAAGAUAUUUAUACAAUAUGUCUUAGAUGUAUAACAUAAUGAAUUCUGUACAAAAUAAACUGUAAGUUAAGACAAUGAAAGAGAACUUUUAUAUCUGUGUAAUUUGUACACUGAUUAAGUUAUUCAAGCCUCAGUUUUCAUCUUUAAAUGUGCCAUUUAAAAAAAAUACUUAUUUUCUAUAGACAGAUGUCUGAAAUAAAGACUUCACUCUUCAGAAAAGAAGCAACUGAAAGACUGUGAAAGAAACAGAUUCUACUGGAGUAAUAAACAUAAUGUUCAUGUGAUAUUUUUUUAAAACUGACUAAACCAUUUUGCAUUUAUACUGGUCAGGGUGAUCUGCUGGUUGGGUUGAGGGUGAUGUGCCCGUGGAGGGUGAACAGUAAAUCAGCAGAAUCACCAGCGUAUGGGUUGCUCAUGUGCCUCUUUGCUGAAAGCAACACAAAUUACUGGAUUAUAUAAUUCUUCCCCGUAAACAGUGCUCCAGCCCUCUCUUCCUGCAGGGACUCAUCCUUUCCCAGCACCAAGCAUAAAGAACAGAACAGAUGAACACAUUAAAUGACCAUUGCCUUGCAAAGAAGAGUAGAGAGGUAUGUUUGGAUUUAAAGGAAAAGGUAACAACCUGUCCCUUUAGCUCUUCAGUGUGAAUCAUCGCUGGUCACAUUUUUGAUUCAGUGUUCUGAAUUUCCUUACAUUCCCAUUAGAAUCAAAGUCUCAAAAUUAUUGUAGCCACUGACACCUCACCACAAGAGCUACAGGAAAGUAGCUUGCUAAUGCCAAAACAGGAAAUUGAGCCUCAGUUUUUAGCUUUUCCUCAAAGGUCUUGGAGAUGGUGGCAGAACCAGAAACACAGACUCUCCUGAAACCUCCCGGGGUAAUGGGGACUCCCACAGACAACACAGUACUGGACAUCAGCUCAGGAGGUGCCUCCAUCGUCUUUUUGCUGUUUUCAGCUGGACCACGUUUGGGAUCUGACCAUACGAACUCACUGCAAAGGUAUGGGCUGCCUUUGUACUAAUGGAAGCCAUUUAACAUCACCCGAAUGAUUUAAUGAUCGCUACUGUAAUUUCUAAUGUAUUGAAACGCAUUUUUAUAUAAAGUCAACUGGAUGAAUGGCACGAAAACUGUGAUUUAGGAAGUGCCUCAGAGAACCUAAACUUUAAUGUGCUUUGGGCACAAAUUCCAGUCAGUCACCACUUCAUAUUCUCAACAGUAAAAUAAGAAACAUUUUUUGUAAAUGACACUUUUUUUUGUCCUGGUAGUUAUAUUUGGUCCCUAUUUGACCAUUACUAUGACACCCUUCCCCUUAGCAGCAUCUUUCUAAAGAGAUGCCAGUGGAUCUAUUCACGCUGCAGUGCUCUAUUCAGGGUAACUAAAGGUAUUGCAACUUUUACAGGAAAAUAGUCUUUACAGUUAUAUUUUACACACACACACUCUCACACUCUACUGUUCAAAACAAUUACCAUAGGUGUAAAUUUUAACUACCAAUGUGUGCACACUAUGUAACCAAAAAAAUUACCUGCAUUCAUUUAUGGAAAAAAAUAGCCCAAUAAAUAAAACUUUUUUAUUUUUCCUUCCAAAAAGUGAGCCUGAGGCAGACAAAAGGCCUGCAUUGUGAUGUUUGUCACAAAUUAAAUAGGCCAAAUCCUGAAGGCUGUCUCAGUUGAAACUGCCCCCGCUCUUGUUAGGAGCUGGACUGAGACAGGACCAGAGCCAGACAAUUACCAGUCAGGUCUGCAGCAGGAAAGGUUGGAUACGUCCUCGUAUUACACCAACCUGGACCCUGCUGUUUCCAAUCAGUAGCACCUCCGGCUGCUCGCAAACGGAGCGAGUGAUGGUGUUUAGAGUGUACAUAAAUGGCAACGCAUUGUCUUAUGUAUUCAUGAAGGUUAAGAGAUUUUCUUCAGUUAAAACAGAGCCAGUGUGCAAAAUUAGCUAUUAAUUCUGCAUCCUCCCAAUGUAGUUCUUGUAGCAUAACUUUUUUUUUUUUUUUCCUAUUGCAGUGAUCCAUGUGGCCAGUGUCUGCAAAAGUUUGGUUACUGAGGGAAUAAAAUAGAGCUGUUUAAUUGAAAGAGGCAGCUAAUUUAAGAAAGUAAAACAAAGUGGAUGAUGGUUUUAGACCUGUGCUGAGAAUCCUAAAGUGUAUAAUAGUGUUACUUGCUUCCAGAAACAUAUAUAUCAACGUAAGGAUUUAUAAACCAAUGCAGAUGACAACUUGUAUCAUUCCUUCUGAUAAUCUUGGAUUAGUCCAUUUAAAAAUCAAUGGGAUCUGAUGAUAUUAAGUAAGGAGCUCAAGGUUUAGUGGAAAUGAACAAUGCAUGUUUUUAAUCCUCCGAUUUAAAACUGUGGUAGGCAGAGAAGGAUACACUCUCCUAUGCCAUAGUAUUAUCUGUAGGAAUUUUUUUUUUUUUUAUCAGUAGGAUUUAAAAAUGAAAAAUCAUUGACUACGUGAACAAAAUUCUGAUCUCACUGAAAGCUAUGACUAUUACAAAGCAUUAAUUUUUAACUAGAUCUAUCUAUACUAUACUUAAAAUUCACAUAUUCAUUACAAAGAAUGAUGCCAUUUUCCAAUAUAUUUACACUGAAAUCUUUCCCAUUAGUUAUUUCCUGUGCUCAAACAGCACACUACCAAGCGUUACAGUACGCUGAGUAGGAUAUAAUCCUGGUCCCACUGGAAUCACGAUUUUAAAUAUGAGCAGGAUUUCCUGGUGUUCUGGGUACCACUGCUGGCCAAACCAAAGCCCACAGCAGUUGUACUGGCCAAUGUCUGACCCUAGCCGCUGGCAAAGGGAGCACAUGUAAAUCCCAAUACUUAACAAUAUUACAAAAUUCUCCUGCUUAUUGUUCCAGACUCCCUUUUUUCUGAGUACACGUGCCAGUGGAAUUUAUAGUGUCUGUAUUUUCAAGUGUAUGUACUUUCUUCAUAAAGUGAAACUAAUACUUUGUAGAAUGGAUUUUUGUAUGAGUUCAGGUUUUGCUUCUCAAGAUGCUUCUAGCUUAAAGCAGAAAAAAGUUCAUUAAAAUGCAUACCCAUUCUUGAGAAGGGAUCCAUACACUAUGCACCCAAUAUUGAUCAAGAUAUCAGAUGAAAUACACAGUCUGGGCACAGGUCUAGUGUGGCUUAACAUCAGCCCUCACAUAAGAAUUGAAAUUUGCUCUAUAGUUGAAGUUCGUGGUCUAUAAUUGUUGCAGUGAUUCUCUCAUAACAGAAAAUGUCACCUAUCACGAAAAGUCCUUAAAAAAGUGAAGCACAAGUUAAUUACAUCUUCUUUAAAAAGAAUAAACAAACAGAAACACAGAAAUCCCAUAAUGAAAGCUUAACCUGUCUGAAAAAGCACAAGGUGGCAUUAUUGUCCAUUAUGAAUUAGCAAUUUAUUAAAAUAUUCAAAAAGUUGUAACAUAUAUAAACAGAUGCCACUUACUAUACUGCAGGCUAUAAAUCAACCUUUCUCUUGAGGUAAAAUAUUCCUCCUUCCACGGAAAGUUAAUUUUGACAAGGUACUUCAUUUUAUUUCCAAUAGCUAGAUUAAGAGUGUGUUUUAUUUUCACAAUUUAAUUCAAUUUUGGCAUACAGUGAAUGGUCAGAGCCAAAACCCAAACUAAGGCAAACUAAGUAAAGCCACCUAGUUAGCGCAAGGAAAAAAAACUAUAGAAGGGAAUUCUUUGUUCAAUCAUCGUUAAGCCUUUGUUAAUGUUUCUCCCUGGUUUGUACAAACUGGGUGUAGGUAUCUCUUUUAAUCCCAGAUACAUUAAAUAAAACAUGUUUAUACCACUUACACUAUGCUAUGUAUGCAGGUAGCAUACAGGCAUACGUAUGGCGUCAUUACUAAUAUCUGCCUGAUAGCACUAAAUUGGCCAAUUUAAAUGAAAAUGUUGUGGGAUCUUUCUUUGUAAAUCUCAAUCACUUGUUCACUUCCAAAAGCCUGAUUUACAAACACAGGUUACAAGAAUCUCUUUUUCUGGGGCAGUUUAGCAAAGACUGAAGAGUUCGGAUCCCCCCCUGCUCUACUGUAAGCACAAAAGGCCGUCUUCUGCAGUUGUUUUUCACUGAAGAGUAAGGACACAUUGGUACUGCUACCGCCCCCCCACCUUCCAGAAGUCUGCCUACAAGAAGAAGAGAAGGGGCUUAUACUGAUGUUAUUUCAGUGCCCUGAAGGUUCCUGUGUGUGACGCAAAAAUGGCAAUGGCUGAUGCAGUCUAGCUCUGUUACACAGGAAGUUACUGAAGGGACAUUUUGAAAACACAAACAGCACUCACACGAAGCUCUGACAAAGUGCGGCUUCAGUGGAAAAAAAAAAAAAUCUAACCUGAGAAAUGCUACGUUGGCUCACAAUAAUGGCCAGCUAACACCGACAUGAACUCUAUAACCUCAACGAGAUGGUUCAGCAAAUGUCAAGAAAACCUACAGCGUGGAUUUGUGCAAUAACAUCUCUGUGAGACCAAUGUGGGAAAAAAGUUUUCAGCCAAUGCUAGAUAAAUACAGGCUGUGUUUCAAUACAGUAAAUGCUGUUACUUUUCUAAAACUGCUCCAUAAUGUAAAAGCAUGGAGGUAUAUACACUUGUUUAGG